CAAGAAUAUAUAUAUUUUUUCUUAAAAUUAAAGAUACAUUUCUAGUAACUCUAAAGGAACUUUCAAUUAUAUUAUAUGGCUAAAUAUUUUUUGAAUGUCUAACAUUAUGCUCAUAUUAACUUAUUUAUUCGUAUGUUUUUAUUAUACACAAAUAUCCUUCAAUUUUUUAUUCUGUGAAGAAGUAGAAUUAUCUAAAACACAAAAUCCCUGCACAGCUGGAAAAAGUUGUGGGGAGUGCAUAAAAAGCCCCUAUGAAUGUGCUUGGUGCCAAAUUGAAGAAUAUGGUUUGGAUGGCAAAUCUAGAUGUGAUUUUUCGCGCAACCUAACGGAAAGGGGCUGCGAAAUAUCGAAAAUAAUAGAUCCCAGCAAUUAUAUACAUAUAAUCAUUAACAAACCAUUAGGCCAUUACGGAACAAUGGAAAAUUUUGUUCAAAUAGCUCCUCAAGCAUUGAAAAUUGGGAUGAGACCAAAAACUCAACUCACAUUUAAAGUGAAAUUCAGACGAGUUAAAGAUUAUCCUAUGGAUUUGUACUAUUUGAUGGAUUUAUCGAAUCCUGUGGAAGAUUAUAAGAAACACCUGGCUCGAUUAGGAGAUCUGCUAAGGGAGAGCACGAUAAAUAUAACCUCCGACUUCCGGGUUGGUUUUGGGUCUUUCGUGGACCGAGCAGUUAUGCCCAACGCGAGCGUUGCGCCUGUAAAAUGGGGCAAUUCUUACAAGAAUCACGUGAGCUUAACUAGAGAUAUUUAUCGAUUCGCUGACGAAAUUAAAAAAACUCUCGUCUCCCGAAAUUCGGAUGCUCCUGAAGGUGGGGGUUCCGAUGCUAUUUUGCAGGCUAUUGCGUGUCGCGACGAAAUAGGAUGGAGAUAUAAAGCUCGAAAAUUAUUGAUAUUUUUAACGGACAGCUUUCAUUUUGGGAGGGAUGGAAAUAGGGGUGGUAUCGCUAAACCGAAUGAUGGUGAAUGCCAUUUAGACAGGAAUGGCGAUUAUACACGAAGCACCGUACAGGAUUAUCCUUCUGUCAAUCAAAUUAUUCGAAAGGUUAGGGAGAAUAGCGUUAAUAUCAUAUUCGCAACUACGGGCGAACAAUGGACGGCAUAUCAAAAGUUCAGCAAAAUAUUGGAAGGUUCGGCUGUAUGUCAAUUAACCAACGAUUCGUCGAAUAUCGUUGAAUUGAUCAAAGACAAUUACAAUAAAAUAACAUCAAAAGUCGAGUUGCUAGAUAAUGCCUUGCCCAAUAUUACGAUUUCGUACGAAUCUUCUUGUCUUGAAACGAAAUCGAGAAAAACGAAAUUGUGUGAAGGGUUAAAAGUUGGUGAUACGGUAACAUUUGACGUGACUAUCAACAUGGAAUCGUGCUUGAAGGAUAACGUAUUCCACUUGAAGAUCAAUCCCGUAGGUAUGAACGAAGUGAUAAACAUCAAACUAGAAAGCAUUUGCCAUUGUGCCAUUUUUCCAUAAACCGUGUUUAAAUACAUUUAUUCAAAUAUGUAUAUAUAUAUGUAUAGAUUUAGUGUUUACAAAUAACAUUCAUAUUAGGAAUUUAUUCUA